AUGGAUCCAGGAAGAAGUGCCAUAGACAAUAUAGUAGAUGGAUUCAAAGAUACCAAGGACUUUCAGCGAUACGUAGUCAAACAAUUAGCCGAACAGAAGGAUCUCCUCAGUCGUAGUGUUCUUCAGGUGAGUCUUUUAUGUCAUUGACUUUAUUCUGUUUUUAGGAUAAUGGUCGAAAAGAAUCAUUUGGAGGUCUUCGAUUUGCUUUGGAUAGUCAAAAAGGUAGUGGUAAGCGUUAUGGAUUUUGUUUGGGAAAAUAGGGAAAGGGAAUGAAGGAUUAGGCAAUGCAGAAGAUGAGACAUGUUUCUCUUUACUCAAAAUCGGCAGAUAUAUACAAAUAAAGAUUUUAGGUAUAAAAAGUGGGGAGAUUUAGGUCAUUCUAAUCGUAAAGGAACUUGGGGAUCUAUUUGCAUCGUUAUUUCGCGAUCUUUUACUAGGGUUCAUUAAAUUCCUGAGUACAUUACACUAUAAUUCGAGAACAUUGAAAGUUGUAAUUUUUAAAGACCACUAGCGACCAUUUUCUGUUUUUUCCACUCCGAACUGUAAUGGAAUUUGGGAAAUUUCACAUUUUGAAUGGUUCUUUGAUCUGCGCGAGGCCGAAUUAGGAGAUGGACUAAAUGAUCCGCUCAAGUUCUCACAACUGACUUGGUGCUACAGUAAUAGAUAAGAUAAGGUUCUUACUGCUCAUGUGAAAUGCGCCGCGACCGUUACACUCAAAUGUUCCGACCGUGUUUUGGGGCGCCGCCCCUCCGAAGAUAGUGUGCUCGCGAGAAUGUUUUUUUUGUCGCUGUUUUUGACGACCGAGUAUAAAAGUGGGCUUGAGGGACGUUUGGGAAACGUUGAAGACAGACUCUUUCCAGCCAACACCAAGAUGACCUUACUGGAUCUGGGUGUCAAGGUUCAGGAUAUUCUAUCCCAACAUGGGGUCGUGGCGAAGGAUGGCCAUAAAUUAACCAAAGAAUUGAUGGAUCUGGUUGAAUAUUGGAAUGCUGGCAACAAGAUGACUACUUUCUCUAUUGAUUGCAGUAAGUUUUGUUUUGGUUUCCUGUUCUUUAUGAAUAUUAUUUCUCCAUUACGUAGGAGGUAGUUUGUUUUCUAAUUAUUUGUGUAGUUUUUCUGGUAUUGUGAUCAUUUGUGACCGUGUUUAUUACUCAAUGUAUUACUGUGAUAGCGCAGAAUUUUACUUAUUACUGCUUUAAAGGUCUAUUAAUUAGAAUUGAACUUUUAUUGCAGGUUCAGAGGACUCGCGUGACUCCUUAGAUGAACCAGAUUAUGUGGACGCGGGAACGCAGACCGAAGAACCAGAACCUCAACCUACAGUUUCUCCCGCGGACGAAGAUGAAAAGUCUUCGGAAGUGUUGAAGAAACUCUUAAAUGGAACGGAAAAACACAGAAAUCUCGAGAAAUUGGUCUCUCCUUCUAAAGCAGUCGAACUCAGAAGAAAAUACGUCGAACAUGCCAGUAAUGUUAACCUAGAUAACCUUCCACACGGCAAUUACAAUUACGAUCAGGUAAGAUUUGGGGCAUCAAAUUCUUGGAGUGUUUUUCAGGACGCUUUUGUAAUUUAAUUGCUGUGGUUUAUCAUUAAGUUUCCAGGUCUUAAAUGCUUGUUGCGAAAAUGUAAUUGGCUUUAUGCCAAUUCCUUGCGGAGCUGUGGGUCCCCUUCUAUUGAAUGGAGAACAUAUUUACGUCCCGAUGGCCACAACAGAAGGUGCUCUUCUGGCCAGUACCAACCGAGGAUGUAGUGCGUUGGCAUCUGGAGUGACUGCGUUCGUCGAAAAAGACAGCAUGACAAGGGCUCCCGUCAUCCAAUUCGAGAGAGUCGAGCAGGCCUUGUAAGUUUUAAAAUUCUUGAUGCGUGGUAUCUCUUGACUUCCUCAAAACAAUCAGCACUUUUUCAGCAAGUUCAAGGAAUGGAUUCUCGCCCCCCAGAAUUAUCAGAUGAUCAAGGAAGCCUUCCAAUCGACCAGUCGGUUUGCUCGUUUGACUGAAUUAAGUGUGGAUCUACAAGGAAAUUAUGUUCAUCUCCGAUUUGCUGCUCAAACUGGUGAUGCCAUGGGAAUGAACAUGAUCAGUAAAGCUGUGGAAGCGGCCAUGAAUACGAUCGACAGAAAUGUCCACAAGUUUAAAUACAUUUCCAUUUCUGGAAAUCAAUGCGCCGACAAGAAAGCGGCUGCAAUUAAUUGGAUAAAGGGAAGAGGGAAAACCGUGCAUGCUGAGGCUAAACUCACAGCCAAAACAGUGAAAGAUGUUUUGAAGACAUCAGUGGAUGAGAUGGUUGACCUGGCCAAGGCAAAGCUAUUGGUCGGAAGUUCGUCUGGAAUUACUAUUGGCGGAUGGAAUGCCCAUGCUGCCAAUGUUGUCGCCGCAAUCUUUUUGGCCACCGGGCAAGACGCGGCGCAAGUUGUGAGCUCCUCAAUGUGUAUCACCAUGAUGGAGAAGACUUCUGAAGGUGAUCUUCAUAUCUCGUGCUCAAUGAAAUGUGUGGAGGUUGGCACUGUGGGAGGAGGAACGAUCCUUGAAGCCCAAAGGAAUGCGUUAAGCGUAAGUUUUGUAAAUAUCUUUUUUGAUUUUUGAUGAUAUAGUUGUAAUCAUUAAUGUUUUAGAUGUUGAAAUGUGCGGGGGCUCACCCAACCAAACCAGGAGCCAAUGCCCAACGACUAGCCAAGAUUAUUUGUGCCACUGUCUUAGCUGGCGAGCUGUCUCUGUUGGCCAGUCAAUGCUCCAAAGAUCUGGUCAAGACCCAUCUCAAAUUCAACCGAUCAACUGCCAGUCUUCCUCGCAUCGUGGAGGAAAAUCAGAUCACGAGGAUACCUGAUGUGAAACCCCUUGAACGGGCAUAUAAGUCGAUCGCCCCGGUUAAUUGCUCGAGCACAUUCUGA